ACUGAUUCAACACAGGGAAAUGGGGAAUAGAGAAUAUAGAGAUUUUCCAGGUAACAAUAUUUGAUCAUAAAAAAAAUGGGUGUAUAUCGGUAUUUAUUGAAUAUCGCUUAUAUUGGUAAACAGUUCAGAGGUGCUCAGAGACAGGUGAAAAGGGGUACCACGAGGGUAGAUGACCCCUCAACUAUACAAGGGAGAAUAGAAAUUGCAUUGAACAAAUUGAAUCCAAUUAAUGACCCAAUCGUGUAUAUGUCUAGUAGGACUGAUUCUGGUGUUCAUGCCCUAAAUUCUACCUGUCAUGUAGAUCUAUAUAGGGAAAAUGGAAUGAUAUAUGAUCCUUGUUCAGUUACAAUCUGUCUCAACAAAUAUUUUGGAAAGGAGGAUGUUCCUAUAAGAAUUUUGAGAACAAGGAUUGUACCAGAAUCUUUCAACAGCAGACAUAAUGCUAUAUCCAGAACUUAUCUGUAUAGAUUAAUGAUUGCCAAAGCUAACAAGCUGAAUGUAGCACCAAAUUUAAAUUACAUCCCUAUAGAAGAAUUGAAUAGGUGCCUCUUUAUUUGUACAGAUACUUUAGAUCUAAACAUUAUGAAUGAAGGUGCCAGAGUAUUGGAAGGUUAUCAUGAUUACAGAACCUUUAUGUCAAAGCAUUCAGGCCAUGAAGAGAAAAUAACAAGAAAAACUAUUGAAUAUAUAAAAAUUCUUCAAAUGCCCCACCCAGGGUAUAGUAUUUACAGCUGGCCUUUAGUAGCAGAACCGGAAUUCAAUGAAUAUAUCUUCAUUGAUGUCUAUAUAAAAUCUUCAGGAUUUUUGUACAAACAGGUCCGAAGGACAGUAGCAUCGCUGGUUGCUUUAGCACAAGGUAAAAUCACAAUUAGGGAUAUUAAGUUAAUGCUGGAGGUACCGUCUCUUCAUUCGUGGUGCCCCCAAAUAAAGACUUUGCCGGCGCACGGACUGUACCUUUGCGAAGUAGAGUACGCUAGGGAGGACCUGGACACUUUUUGGGAGGUUUAAUUUUAGUUUCAGAAUGGUGGGAUCUAGAGUUUAUGUAGGGGGGCUGCCUUAUGGGACUACAGAACGGGACCUGGAGCGCUUUUUCAGGGGUUACGGUCGGAUGCGGGACGUUCUCAUCAAAAACGGAUACGGGGGAGCGUGUGACUGUGGAACGAGCCCGAGGGACACCCAGGGGUCGAGACCAAUGGUCCAAUACCAGUAGCAGCAGCAGCAGCCGCAACAAUGACCACCGCUCCCACGAAAGGUAUGGGCCACCCACCCGCACCAACUACCGGUUGAUUGUCGAAAAUUUAUCCUCGCGCAUCAGUUGGCAGGAUUUGAAAGAUUUCAUGCGUCAGGCUGGGGAAGUCACCUAUGCAGACGCGCACAAACAACACCGUAAUGAAGGAGUGGUCGAGUUUGCUUCUUAUUCUGACAUGAAAAACGCCAUCGAGAAACUCGAUGAUACCGAGUUGAACGGCAGGCGCGUCCGUCUAGUAGAGGACAAAAAAAGCAAGGGCAGACGUUCUGCUUCUUACAGCAGCCGCAGCAGGUCUCGCAGCCGGUCUGCCAAACGCUCUAGGUCGCGUAGCCGCUCCAGGCGUAGUUCUCGUUCAAAGAGCAAGUCCAGGUCCAGAUCUCGUUCGGGUAGUGCUAAAGCAGACCGAGAAAAGGACAAGUCUAGGUCACGUUCGAGGUCGGUUUCUCGCAAGAAGUCCGUCGAUCGUUCGAGGUCCACCUCUAGGAAGAAGUCCGUGGAACGGUCGCGCUCCAGGUCUCACUCUCGGACGCCUGACAAGCGGUCCAAAUCUCGCGAGGCGUCCAAGGGCCGGUCCAGGUCACGUUCUGCUACCAAGGGCAGGUCAAGAAGUCGGUCCCGUUCAGCCAACUAAAGGAAGCGGUUGUUGCAAAACUGAAGAAAUCGGUUAUGUGUUUAUUAUUUUAGGGUAGUUUGUAAUAUAGAGCCAUGUAACAUCUUGAGCUGUAUUUAGUCCUCAAUUUUUCAUUACUAUAUUAGUCCUUUCCAUUGGUUUGAAUUGUAUUUCUCAAUUGGCAGAGUAAUAUUUUUCUUUUUUUUAUCAAAAUCAAUAGCUAGUUGACAAGUUGGUGUUAUAUCACAAACAAUGCUGUUUACUCCAUAGUGUGAUUAGAUUUAUUCUAACAUUUUUAUACAUUGAAAAAAUAAAAUUGAUUUUUAAAAAUACAAUUAAUUUCUGAGCACUCUUUGAACAUGAGCUUUUUAGAUUCCAUAAAAUUGAAACAAAUUAGUUUGAAGAAAACUGAGACUCUAGUAAAAAGAGUUGAUGGCAAGAUGUUCAGGGAAACUAGAGAAAAUCCAUUGAAAUUUGUAGGACACUAUCAUGGUUUUAUUGUGGAUACAAAACCAGAUGAUAUACCUGCCAAUGUAUUGAAAUGUUUAUAUUUAGGUUCACAAGAUUGUUGUACUUUAGAAGUGCUAACAUCUUUCAACAUCAAAUAUGUAUUGAGUGUGGGAGUUGAGGCUCCGGUGAAGUUUCCUCAGAUUGAAUAUAAAUUUGUCAGUUGCUUGGAUUUGCCUGAAACUGAUUUGAAAAUUGUAUUGAAAGACUGUGUUCCUUUUAUAGAUCAAGCUUUAACCCAAAAUUGUAACAUUUUAGUGCAUUGUAAUGCAGGUGUUAGUCGAUCAUCAUCUAUUGUAAUAGGUUAUCUCAUAGUAAAUAAACAGUAUACUUACUUGCAAGCAUACAAUAUUGUUAAAAACGUAAGAGAAUGUAUCAAGCCUAAUACUGGCUUUGAAAAACAAUUGCAGUGUUUGUGAUGUUCUGUUAAGAUAUUAUACAACCGCUUUUUUUCUGCUUGCAAAUUCUAGUUUUCUCUGUCAUAAUGUUUAAGAAGUUAGGGUAAAUAUAUUCUUAUGUAUUUACUUCCAAUACCAAUAAAGUUUUAUAU